GGCGGGGCGGGCCCCGGGCGGCGGGAGCCUCCGCGGCAGGCGGGCGCCCUCGGAACCGCGCGCCGCGUGGUGUGGAUCGCCGGGGCCUCGCUGAGCACGGACGCUCCUACAGACAUGGUCUGGGCCCUGGGAGAGAGGACAGAGGCCACUCUCGUGGGCUGUCCGGGCGAUGAACCGGGAGCCCCCACCGCGCCAGGAAGGAGGCAGAGGCGGUCAGGCCGCGCGGUCUCUGUAAGACUGUGACCCUGCUGACACCAACAGGCUCCUGGAGGGGGCGGUGACACCUGUCAAGGCCCGAGGUCCAAAGGGAGGAGAAUCCCCACCUGGCUUCAGUGUCCACACGGAACUGCCCUUCAUGAGUCUCGAUGCAGAGGCUUCCAUGGCUGUGAUAAGCCUGCUGUUCUUGGCAGUGAUGUACGUGGUGCAUCACCCCCUGUUGGUCAGUGACCGGAUGGACCUGGACACGUUAGCCAGAAGUCGGCAGCUGGAGAAGCGGAUGAGCGAGGAGAUGCGCCAGUUAGAGACAGAGUUUGAAGAGAGAAAGCGGGCAGCGGAGCAGAAGCAGAAGGCCGAGAACUUCUGGAGGGGAGACACUUCCGACGACCAUCUGGUGCUGGGGAAGAAAGACAUGGGGUGGCCGUUCCGGGCCGACAGCCAGGAGGGGCCACUGAGCUGGAUGCUGGGCAACGCGUGGAAUGCUGGCCUCUUUUGCCUGUUCCUCAUCUUUGAGCUCCUGCGGCAGAACAUGCAGCAUGAGCCGGCCUUUGAAUCCAGCAGUGAGGAGGAGGAAGAGGAGGAAGUCCGGAUCGUGCCUGUCACCUCCUACAACUGGCUCACCGACUUCCCCUCGCAGGAGGCCCUGGAAUCCUUUUACAAACACUAUGUCCAGAACGCCAUCCGUGACCUGCCGAGCACCUGUGAGUUCGUGGAGAGCUUUGUGGAUGAUCUCAUUGAGGCCUGUAGGGUGCUCAGCCGCAGGGAGGCUCACCCCCAGUUGGAGGACUGCCUGGGCAUUGGCGCUGCCUUUGAAAAAUGGGGAACCCUCCAUGAGACCCACACAUUUGAUGUCCUGGUGCCCAUUGUCCCCCCACAAGGCACCAUGUUUGUCCUGGAGAUGAGGGAUCCGGCCCUAGGCCACCGCUGCGGCAGCGUGCUGGUGGAGUCGGAGUGCGUGUGCAAGCGGGAGAAGCUCCUAGGUGACGUGCUGUGCCUCGUGCACCACCACAGGGACCACUCGGCGGGGCUGGGGAAGUGUGGCAGCUCCAUCAAGGCAGCUCUGUGCAGCGGCUCCCACCUGGAUGUGUGCAAGACCGUGCAGUGGUUCCGCAACAUGGUGGGCAAUGCCUGGGCCCUCGUGGCCCACAAGUAUGACUUCAAGCUCAGUCUCCCACCAUCCACCACCUCCUGCAAGCUCAGGCUGGACUACCGCUCGGGCCGCGUUCUCUCAAUGCAUCUGGUGUUGGGGGUGCAGCGGGAAGACACCUUGGUCUACCUGGUGAGUCAGGCCCCUGACCAGGACCAGCUCACCAGUGUGGACUGGCCCGAGUCUUUCGCGGCCUGUGAGCACUUGUUUCUGAAGCUGGUAGGGCGCUUUGCCCCCGAGAACACCUGUCACCUCAAGUGCCUCCAGAUCAUUUUGAGUCUCCAGGAUCAUCGGAGCUUACCUCCCGGGGCAUCCCGCCCCAUCCUCACCUGCUACCACUUCAAGACGGCCCUGAUGCACCUGCUGCUGCGGUUACCCCUCACGGACUGGCAGCACAACAUGCUCUCUCAGCGGCUGCAGGACAUUCUUUGGUUCCUGGGCCGUGGCCUCCAGCAAAGGUCCCUCCAUCAUUUCCUCAUUGGUAACAGCUUCCUACCCCUGACCAUCCCGAUCCCAAAGACAUUCCGGAAUGCUGAGCCUGUCAAUCUCUUCCAACACCUGGUGCUAAACCCCGUGGCACAUUCACAGGCAGUGGAAGAGUUCCACAACCUUCUGACCCAGGUGAAGACCCUGCCCUGUGCCCCAUUGGCUGGGGCAUCUUAAUGUAAAGACCAUUAAAAAACAAACAAAAACAAACAAACAAAAACCACACACCCACAAUGGGAGAAGGUAUUUCUGAUUUCUCAGGCUGCAAGAGUUUGUUUUUCACAUGUCUCAGCUGUGUAGGUCACCUUGCCCUUGCCACUGGGGGCUGUGCUAGAUGGAACCACUUUACAGAGUACGUGAGAGUUCAUGAGGAUGCACUCCUGCAGGGAGUGGAUCUGAGGGUUACUUUUUCUGACUUAACUUUCAUCGUGACCCAACGCAGGUCCAGGGUAAUGGAUGUUAGGGGAGGAUCUUGCUCCUGAGGAGUCGAGGUCCUGAGGGGGCCUGUGACGUUGUGUUUUUAUAUCAACACUGGAAGCGAACCAGAGAAUACCUCCAUCCCAGCUUACUCCUUUCCGUGGGCAAUUCCCAACGUGUUCCCUGUGAACUGCUUUCCUUGUUUAACUAUCAGCUGCAUUCCUAUCCAAGCUGAUGGCGCUCCCACUGUAUCCCAAAUACUGUGACAGCAACUUCUUAUAUUUUUGGAUCUAAUUUUCCAGACCUUUGACUAUUUGGAAAAUGUAACCAAGAUGUUUAUUUUACAUUUUCUUGGUUUUUGUAUGACAUUGCUAUUUUUUUAUACAUCUGAAAAAAAAAAAAAAAACUCUUGUACUACCAAAUAAUUUACUAGCACUGAUUCAUCAACAAACAUUAAAUCAAUAGUGACCUGUCCCAUAAUGGAGAUAAAGUGUUUCCUAUGCAUUUCCUAUAAUGAAACGGCUGUCUGAUAGCUUUCUGAGUGCAAAAUUAUAAGCCCUUUACAGGGACAGGGCUUGCUGGGGACGCCUUUGUUUCUGAGUGGGACCCACUUGUUUGUUAAGUGGAAAGAAGGUUUGGCUACAUGUUUGGCUGCGUUUUUUCACAGCCGGGUGGUGUCUUUGUAUUGUCUUUUCAAGAUGACAAAGGGAUUACUUGAGCUGUGUUUGUGGUUUUGAAAAGAGGCCUCAUCACAAUCCGGGCCCAUUGCCAGGUCUGGUCAGGAAGGCACUGUGGAGCAGUCCAGCGCCAACAAGGCUGUGUUCUCGGGAUGUGACUGGUGUGUUUUCCCCUUCUUUCCAGCCUUGGGCAUCCUGAGGGGGCGUGUUAAGAAACAGGCAUGGGUGUGGUUGUUUUGGAAAUACGAGUGCUGUUCCUACCCAGCCACGCCAGGAAGAUCUGCUGGGGAGGAGAACCUGGCCCCACUUGUAACUUGAGGCCCCACCUGGAGGGCGGGGAGGGGGGUGGUCCUGGAGGGGUGUGAGAUACUGGCCUUUAUGGGCUUUUGUUGUGGGACCCACACUCUCUCCUCAACAAAAAAAAUCAAUACAAUUUAAAAACUUAAAGUGUCCCAGGAGCUGAUGCCAGUCAACACGGGGGCUCUUGCUGGCAUCCACCAGGUACUACUUUUCGAGUAAUAUCGGUGACGGUUCUAUGCUGGUGAGCUUUUGGUGUUUUAAAAAACUCCACCUACUUCUUACUUAAUCAUUUGCUGGUAUUUUGAUUUAAAAUCAAUAAAGACCAUUUUCUAUUUAA